AGGCAAACCCACGUGAAAUGACCUUAGAUGAGAAAGCAAAUGGUUAGAGGUUUCUCUUCGUUCCUCUAUCUGUUCUGUUUGCGUAAUAUCCAUCAUGUUCGUGUUUACAAAGCAUUUAAUUCAUCAGACAACCAAGUUGGCCUGUAGGAGAAGUUUUCAUCAGUCCAGUAAAAGACUGCUCCCUAUGGUGCCCAUCGUUAUCGAGCAGACGGGAAGGGGAGAGCGAGCUUACGACAUCUACUCACGACUGCUCAAAGAGAGGAUUAUAUGUGUAAUGGGUCCUAUAUCGGAUGAUUUAUCCAGCCUGGUGGUUGCCCAGUUGUUGUUUCUGCAGUCUGAGAGUAAUAAGAAGCCCAUUCACAUGUACAUAAACAGUCCAGGUGGUUCGGUGACUGCAGGGUUAGGCAUAUACGACACCAUGCAGUAUGUGCUGCCCCCUAUAGCCACGUGGUGUGUUGGACAGGCAUGUAGUAUGGCCUCGCUACUUCUGUGUGCAGGGAGCCCAGGCAUGAGGCAUUCCCUACCUAACUCAAGGAUUAUGAUACAUCAGCCUUCAGGACAGGCAUCUGGACAAGCCACUGAUAUACAAAUACAAGCUGAGGAAAUCCUGAAACUGAAGUCUCAGAUAAACCGGCUGUAUGUAAAACAUACAAAACAGGCUCUGGAGACAAUAGAGAAAAAUAUUGAAAGAGAUCGCUUUAUGUCCCCGCAAGAAGCUAAGGAGUUUGGUCUUAUAGACUCUGUCCUGGAGCACCCACCGGCUGUGGAAGACGAGCACAAAUUGGAGACAUGAUGCCAUGGUUGUGCAUAAACGAUUUUGUUGUUCUGUCCACAAAACGAGAGUGCCCUAAUUAUUCUCAAGUCCAUCACCUGGAUGUAAUGCUUCACAAUAACCAUCAGACAGCAGUAUGCUUACAGAGAACUUGAUUUGCCUCUAACAGUUUGCGUACUGACUGAAGCUGAUGUAGACUUUCUUUUUGGUAUUUCAGACCAAAACUGACAUCACUAGCAAGAUGUGGAACGCAUAUCUAUAAAGCUUUGGCAAUAAAUAUGAGUCACAGGAAAAUUCAGAUACAAUUGCACACCUGAGAAUGCAUUACAGUCUCAGACAUGAUUGCUCUUUACAGAGGGAUACACCUCCCCUCCAAACGAUAAUGCAUUAGUACUGGCCUAAUUCAUCAUCUGUUUAAGGGUUUAACACCGCGGUGUUUGUUGUGUAUUCUUCCCCGCUGUGAGUUGCAGGCCGUGGGCAGAUAUACAUAUUAAAUACAGAUGACCUAUCAAACAACAUCAAGUGUGUCAUGUAACAAAUUGGCCUGUACGUUUACCUCCCCGAGUAAUAUCAUUUCAUGCCGUUAAUGACUACAGAUAAUAGAAUUUGAGUUAAAACUCGUUAGAUCUGCUUCAUGAUUUAUAUAAAGGCAAACAAUCGGUAUUUCCUUCAGUGAAAAGUGUUAUUUUGCACAGUUUAUGGAAAUCGUUUUUUUUUUUUUUG